AUGUCGAAGACACAACCUUCUCAGAAGAAAAAAGUGGUUGUGUCGCCAGGGAACAAGACCACAGCGGGUAAAACUCUAGCUGUCAUUAAACUCCGCGGGCUCCUACGGGCUUAUGAGAGCCACUGCACGAAGGUGGGCAGCUGCGUCAGCACGGUUCUGAGAGAAGACCUUUCACGGUGCAUUGACUUUCAAAAACCCCUGAACAAGAUCACCCUGUUUUUCCCAGAAUGCAGCACUGCAGAGCGGGCGUCAGUGAGCGUAUGUCCCUUGCUGUGUGCGGUGCGAGAUGAACGCUACACCCACCUGAAGGAGCUACGUCUCUGGGACCUGCCCAUCAAACAUCAGGACAUGGCUGACCUUUGUCUGCUGCUGGAGCGUAAGGGCAGGACGGUGUAUCCACUGGUCACGCUGGAGCUGCUGGACUGCAGGCUUGACCACUGGGCUCUGGCGAGACUGGGUCGGGCCAUAGCCCUCAGCUCCAUCACCACCCUCAAUCUGGACUACACACCUAUUGAGCUGGAGGGGUUGAAAGACCUACUCAGUGGCCUGGAGUGGGGUAACCAUGUCCUCUCCUUGAGUUUGUGCUAUUGCGGACUGGGACCGUGGAGUGGAUCUCCCCUCGCCUCCCUUGUCUCCAGGAGCACCGUCCGGCACCUCUACAUCAAUGGCAAUGGCCUGCAGAGAGGGGGCGCCACUGAGCUACUGCAGCCUUUGGCAGAAUAUGCAGAGCAGACUGCCAUGGCUCAGCAGACUACACAUGCCACAGAUGCGGCCAAUGAAAACUCCUGUCGAGGUUUAUCUCAGGACAACAAAGUGAAGAGGCUGAAGGGUAAAGGGCAGAAAAAGCGAAGGAAGAGGGUGAAAAGAAAGAGUGCAGGUGCCAUGGCGACUGGGCCUUGGCUGGAGAAGCUGCACAUGCCGGAUAACGCCAUAGACGAGGCAGGGCCAGGGGCUGCUGCUGCAGGGAUGGACCUCGUCAACAUCAUUUGUGUUCUGGUCAAGCACUCGUCUCACCUCCUGGAGCUGGACCUGGGUGAGAACCAUGUCGGAGAGGCAGGUGGCAAACUACUACUGGAGGCUGUCAUUGAACGCCGCAAAGCUAAACUCCCCCCUGUUAAAAUCGGAGUCUCUACGAGGAUGAGCCCCUCUACCUUCUCUGCCAUUUUUAAAAGCGCCAAAGAGUUGAAGUCAAUGACGAGAAAGCGACCAUCCAGAAGAAAGACGAAGAAGAACUGAGUCAGUCCAGUUGCAGUGGGGGUCCAGGUUGCCGUUGAAGGCAGAGGAACCGGAGUUGGGAAAGGACAUACAUCAAGGCGUGAGGAUGUUCUGUGAAGGUUACGGAACCCUGUGAGGUGCCGGCUGGGCAUCUGGAACUCUUCCUCCGCCAGCCACGGCACUCUGGCACACGGCAUCGCUCUGACCCUGUGACCUUUGACCUGUCUCCCGAUGACAGGAUGGGAUAGCACCUCGUUGUGUCGGCAUCACUUAAGAAUGUAGUGUAGUGUUCUCUGGAAUUUGGGGAACCAAAAAACAAGUGUUCCCCAUUGGGAUAUUGAAAAUGAUUUGAGAAUGUUUGAUGGACAAAUAGAAAUGUCCUGUAGUUUGCCAUUUUCAGACAGUUUUUUUGCAGACAGCGAAUUUAAAAAUGUUCUGCCACAUUCACUGUCACGCUCUGCUUCUGAGGGUCUGUGAGAGUGUGAGAACUAAUUCCCCUUUUUGUUAUUUUCCUCGAAUAGUCCUAUUUUCCUUGAAUAGUCUCUUAAUUCAAAUUUGCUUCAUUAGCAUGAAUGUGUGAGUACAGUCUAACCAAAACCAGGGUCGACUAAUAACACAGUGGCUGAGUUAUACUUGCUGUUAGACCAAGCAUACACAUGUGUGACCUGCACGGUCCUGUCAGCAAUACUGCAUGAAACGCGGCCAAAACAUAUGAUACUGGUCUAGCACACAUCACGUUACCUGGUGUCGACGUGCGCCACCGACCCAUCAAACAAACACAGAACACGCAUGGUAGCCAUGAUGCAUAUGCGUCGUUAAGCAGCAAGUAUAACUGGGCCCUAACAUAACAAGACAGAGAUUUCAAAAGGAGGGGUGGU